AUGUCAGCUGGUCAGCCUCUGACGGCUCAAGUCAAGCUCAACGUCACCGAGGACGGUCUCCCUCCCAGCCAUCAUGUUAUAGCACCUGCACCUGGUACCACCCUCUCUUCCUAUCUCCCGCACUGGAAUCCGCAGCCUGCAACGCCGACAUUGCCGCAGAGUUCGCACCAUCAGGUGGAAGAUGAUGAUGCUCAGGGAAUUGCCUGUUUACCAAACUCUAUCGCCCUCGUGGACUCGAACAGAGUCGUCCGCACCGGCUUCCGCAAUCCUUGGCCCAGCUGGCACAAGCCUACGGUGACCGAAGUCUGGCAAGGCUUGGAAUGGGGGGAAGAUCAUGAUCCAGCCAUCGACUAUGCUAUGCUAGAUGCAGAUUUGUCGGCGAGCUCGAAUAACGGCGCCGCAGAAGAUGCCGACGUCUCGACAGAUCCUUAUAAGGACAGUCGACCGGGCACGCCAGACCUUGAACAUGCUUCGCAGAAUCAAACAGGCACAGAGUCCAAACCGGACCCAAAAGGACCUCAGUCUUCAAGCUGGUUCAUGCAUCAGGCCGUGCCUGCAGCCACACCAUAUACCAGGCAGCAAAAGAUCAAGAUGGCGUCCAAGCAGCUGCUCACCAUCCAACAACCUUCUUUCGACUUUACUUCCGACCAGAGACUCAAGGCGACUUGGCUGGGACACGCAGGCGUGCUUGUCCAGCUGCCUGCUCUCAGCUCCAAGGGCGGGCCGAUUCGCAUUCUGUUUGACCCCAUCUUCUCGCAGCGCUGCUCUCCGACUCAGAUCGCCGGUCCCAUUAGAUCAUAUGCUGCCCCUUGCAGCGUCUCUAGUUUGCCACCCGUCGACCUUGUCAUUAUCUCACACAAUCAUUACGACCACUUGGAUUACGAUACCAUCCGUCAACUGUGGGAAGCGAAUAAGGAUCGUAUUCGCUUUGUUGUUCCGCUUGGCAACAAGGACUGGUUUGUUGGUUCGCAGGUACACGAGGAAGAAGAGUUGCAGCCGACAACUACGACGAGCUCGUCUUUUUCGGCUAGGACAUUUGCUCCAGCGGGGGUGACGAAUGCAACCACGACAUCCAACCUAUCGAUUCCUUCGGAGCGGGUCACCGAGCUGGAUUGGUGGGACGAGGUGCUUUUGCGCCAGCCUAGCGAUGACGAAGAGGUGGAGAAAGUGCUGCGUGUCGUGUGCACACCUGCACAGCAUGGGUCGGGCAGGUAUGGUGUGGAUGCAAACUGUGCCUUGUGGUCGUCUUGGUUCGUCGAGCAUCCCGGCAGUGAGAGGGAUGCGACACCGACAAAGAUCUUCUUCGGCGGCGAUACCGGGUGUCAGUUCCACGGACGGUCGUUCCCACCUGCGCCACCUCGGCCGGUUGAAAGCGACACGAUAGCAGCGCCGGCGGCAGACGCAACGCCCACAUCCGAAGUUAGCGAUGAUGCGACGCUGCCAGGCUUCCCACCUGCGCCGAAACACGCCCCCACCUACCGGGGUGGCAUGCGCCUCCAGCCGGACGGCGAGGACGAAGACACGUACCCGGCCUGCCCUGCGUUCGAAGAGAUCGUGGCGCGCCUCGGUACACCCACGUUCCUCAUGCUGCCCAUUUCGGUGGGUGCGACCAUCUCGUUCCUGCGGUCGUACAUCCCGCUGCCCGAUAGCAUCUCGCCCUUCCCGCGCAUCUCAUCUGGCCUCACCGCAGCCAAUCACAUGCCCCCAUGGGAUGCCGUCACCGUGUUUGACCGCAUGACUGCCGCCGACGCAGCACCGGCAGCACCGGCAUCAGCGGCAGCAGAGAAGCGCGACGCGUGCGUGUGCAUGGCCAUCCACUGGGGCACGUUCAUCUCGGGCCCCGAGGAGGUGCUCAAGACGCUCGGCCAGCUCAAGUGGGCAUGUGCGCAGCUCGGGGUUCGUUUCGCCCGGGACGACGAGGGGGCCAAGAUGCGCGAGGGCAAGCGCGCGAAGGAUGCGUCGGGUAAGACGUUUGUUGCGCUCAACCACGGCGCGAGUAUCACCCUCUAG